AUGUCUGAUGUUCGCCUUUUUCAGAAUAAGCUAAUAGAGGAGGAGUUAGCAUAUGAUACAAAUGAGUUAACUCACACAAACUUAUAUAUGGAACAAAAGAUGAUUCAUGAGCAAACGUUAGUAUUCGAUGAGAUACCCAAUGCUGUUAUUACAGACUUUGGUGGUUUUUACUUUGUUUAUGGGUAUGGUGGGUGUGGUAAGACAUUUAUUUGGAAUGGACUUUCUUCUGCCAUUCAGUUUAGAAGAAAGAUUGUUUUAAAUGUUGCAUCCAGUGAAAUUGCGUCCUUACUUCUACCUGGUGACAGAACAACUCAUUCUAGGUUUUCAAUACCCAUUACAAUUAUUGGUGAAUGA